AUGUUCCGCAUAGCAUCGCGGCGCACCAGCGCCUACACCUCCAAACUCGUCCAAGCACAACGCCAGUCCCUGACACGGACAAUAUACACCAACAAUGCCCGACCAACACCCCAAUUAAAGCCCACAAGCGGCAGUCGACUCACUCUCUCACAAAUUCCCCGACCACGACAUAUCACCUUCGCCCAGCGCGUGCGCCUACACUACCGUGAAGCGUCCAAGGGAAUCUUCCGCAAGAACCCCAUCCUCCUCCCACUCGCUAUCGUCGGAGUUGUUAGCGCAAUCGGAGCCUUCGUCUUCAUCACCUAUGUGGAAGUCACUCGUGUCGCACCCCAGUACCACAAAUUCCCCCCGCCGGUAGCCGAUGCGCUCCGCACCGCGGUGUACUACACCGAGAUCGAUCUGAACCCGCCUAAAGCACUACAAGGGUACAAGGAGGCGCUUCGGAUUGGUGUGGAACUGGGAAUGCAUCCUUUCUCAGAUGAGGUGCUUGGUAUUAAGCUCCAGGUUGCGAUGAUGCUGGAGAAGGCUGGUCUAGUGAAGCCGGCCAUUGAGGUGCUGGAGCGGACGAAGGAUGAGGCAUUGAACUGGGUGGAGCAGGGACAUAACACCGAGGCUGCUACGGUCGGCCCUGCCAAGCCUGAGGCUGUUCAGACACCCAAGUCGGCGCAGACUGCAGCGGAUAAUGUGCAGAUCAAUACCGACGCGGUGCAGGAUGCCGAGGAACAGUUGCGCGAGAUGCAGCAAUUUGAGGCGCGCCAGCGUGAUCGUGCGCUCAAGAAGGUUGUUGGCAUGCAGAUGAAGCUGGGUGAGCUGUAUGCUAGUGACCACAUUCAGGAUGAUAAGAAGGCCGAGGCUGCGCAGGUCGCUGCUGUGGAACUGUGUUUGAAGGAGAUGCACCGCCGCCAGAAGCUUGGUCUACCUGUUGGUGGUGGCGCCGAAGGAGCCGAAGAGUCGUGGUUGAAUAUGACUGAGAUUGCCACAGCGCUAGGCGAGCUCGCAUCUACUUACAGUGCUAAAGAGCGGCACGAGCUGGCUCUGCCUCUGUAUCUACGUGCGUUGGGUCUGAUCCGCGAGGCGGAGGGUGGGUCGCCAUCCUGCAAGCAGGUCGGCCUGCUGAACAAUGUUGCUAGUGCCAUGGUAGGCCAAGUACAGCAACCCGCACGAAGCCAACUGAAAUCAGGCACGGCGGAGCAAAAUGUUGAGGCAGCCCGGCAGUGGGCUCAGAAGGCUCUUGAUAUGGCUGCGCUAAUCCAGCCACCUGCUCGCGACGAGGAGUGCGAUGUAAGCUGUGUUGCUGCGACAUACAACCUGGGUGAGCUGGCAGAACUCCAGAAGAAACCAGAUGUGGCUCUGAAGCGAUACUCGGAGGCCAAGUCACUAGCAAAGGGACUUGGGUUUGAAGAGGGUAUCGCCAUGGCGGACGAGGCCUUAAAGAGACUUGCCAAGAAAUAA